CCGACCUUUGAGCACUGGCACAAGUCUGCAACCACCACCACUCCACCGCGCGCCCUCCACCAGCGGCCGCUCCAUUGAUUCUUGAAAAGCUGCCGGGAUCCGCAUUGUAUUUUCCACUUCACGCAUCCCUUCUCGCCUCCCAUUUGCUUCCAUCGAUUCGCUCGGAAUUUUGAUUUAUAUCUUCAGAAGCGGGUGAAUUGCGCCGCUGGUUGAUUGCUUGCUCUAACCGUCUCGACCGAGAUCGCGCUUCGGAAGAACACGAUCCCACAACAACAUCAUCGUCAUCACCAUCACCAUCAACAAACACUUGCAUAAUUCUCUCCAUACCCCUCCAGAUACCCUUCAUAUUGAUGCGAGCGUAGAUUGUGCCCAGCUUGCAGACCAUCGCGUGUGCGCUACUGACAACGGCGCCUCGAGCCUGGUUGCCAGCGCACACUACAUUCCUUUAGUCGCAUCUUCCACAAACAAUUACCAGCAAUGGCAAGCCAUCAUCCCUCUCCUCCUGGAGGCAUUCAGAUGCAUCAUGGUCCUCCAGGCGGUCCUCCUCCCCCUGGAAUGCCUCAACAACAGCCACCACAAGCUUGGCCUGCUCCACAGACCAUGGCUGCGAUGAACGAGGCUGUCUGGCUGCAAAUUGGUAAGAUGAUUUGUAUCAACCUUUAAAGAACACAUUCACUAACGCGCUUGACUAGGAAGCUUUGCCGAAUUGAUGGGUUCGCUUGAUGAAGCAAUGGGUGCUUAUGAACACGCCUUGCGCUCCAACCCCCGAUCGAUACCCGCUUUGAAUGCAAUCAGUGCUAUCCUUCGCACCCAAGAGCAGUUCCCCAAAGCUGUCGAAUAUCUUCAGAAUAUCCUGAAAUUGGAUGGAAAUAAUGGCGAUGUGUGGGGCAGUUUAGGUGCGUCUAUCGUGCUAACAGUGAAUGCAUCCCGUCGUAACAAAAAACUCACCUUCUCUACAGGUCACUGCUACUUGAUGAUGGAUGACCUUCAGCAAGCAUAUACAGCCUAUCAACAGGCUUUGUAUCAUCUCAGAGACCCAAAGGUUCGUUCGUCGUCAAAUUUGGGUGGGACUGGUUCUAAUAAAGCUACUCAGGAACCAAAGCUUUGGUACGGUAUCGGAAUUCUAUACGAUCGAUAUGGCUCCCUGGAACAUGCCGAAGAAGCAUUCUCCCAAGUCAUGCGCAUGCAGCCAGAUUUUGAAAAAGCCAAUGAGAUUUAUUUCCGACUUGGUAUAAUUUACAAGCAACAACAAAAAUACCAACAAAGUCUCGAGGUACUGUGAAACACAAAAAUUCGGGUGUAUGUGAUGUUUACUGAUGGACUCUAGUGUUUCCGAUACAUUGUUUCCGUUCCCCCGACCCCUCUCACUGAAGAAGACAUUUGGUUUCAGAUUGGCCAUGUCCAUGAACAGCAGAAGGAUGUAAGUACAGGAAGACCACAACAUAAACUCCCCACUUCUGACACUAUCCGCACAGUAUGACAAUGCAAAAGCAGCCUAUAUGCGCGUUCUUGACAGAGACCCAAAUCAUGCAAAGGUGCUCCAGCAGCUUGGUUGGCUGCAUCAUCAGCAGAGCAACAGCUUCACCAGCCAAGAGCGUGCUAUUGAGUACCUCGAGAAAUCUGUCAGCUCAGGUGAGACUCGUGAAAAUAACCCGUCCUGCAUUGUACACGCUAACACGUGGCAGACCAAGGUGAUGCACAAAGCUGGUAUUUGCUUGGCCGAUGCUACAUGUCACAGCAGAAGUACCCAAAGGCGUACGAGGCCUAUCAGCAAGCCGUCUAUCGAGACGGACGGAACCCAACAUUCUGGUGCUCGAUUGGCGUCUUGUAUUACCAGAUCAACCAGUACCGAGAUGCGCUUGAUGCCUACUCCCGUGCGAUACGCUUGAACCCGUACAUCUCCGAAGUCUGGUACGACUUGGGUACUUUGGUGAGUUUGCGGCAACUUAACCCUCAAGGUUGCCAGAAAUCUAGCUAAUCUUUUCACAGUACGAAUCCUGCAACAAUCAAAUCAAUGAUGCGUUGGACGCGUAUCAACGUGCAGCUGAACUUGAUCCAACAAAUGCACAUAUCAAAGCUCGUCUUCAAUUGCUCCGUAACGGCCCCACUAAUGGACUUCCUAUUCAAACAAGUGCACCACUUCCACAAGACGUUCAUCCUCAAGCUUACCAAGUUACUGGAGCUGUUGGCCCCCCAGGUCCUCAAUGGGGAAGCUCUGCACCGCAAGCACAAGCCCAAGGUCCACCAAAUCCUGUUAAUGGAUGGGGUAGUCGACUCGCUGAGAUUCAUCCACAACCAGCAAACCCGUUUGAUCCAAGAGACGCUGCUCGAGGUCCUCCUGGUGGCGGUGGCCCAAUUCCUCCAUUGGCACGCGGACCUAGUCCAAGACAAGAACAACAAAUGAGACCGUAUCCAGGACCCGGAGCUGAUCGUGGCCCAACCGGCCCCGGUCUUGUUGGCCCUGGCCAGCUUGGAGGUUUGAAUGGUUUGGGUCCUCAAAACGGACCUGGAGGCGGACCAAAUGGUGCCCAAUCUGGUCCACCACCGCUCAGUAGACGUUCACCACCUCCUCGGGAGCAUCAUCCGGGCAUGGGUCCUUACUCUGGACAAGGUCUUCCACAACCUCCUCCUCAACAGACACCUUCGCAGCAGCAACCACCACCUGGUCCUCCAGCUGCCCUUCAACGUGUUUCAAAUCCCAACUAUGUAGCAGCAGGCCCAAGUUCCAACGUCUUGCCACCAGCACCAAACCAAAUGAAUGGCCCUGGACCAAGUCAAGGCCCUCCACCUGGAGCUGGUCCUCUUCCACCUUUCGGACGAGGCAAUAGCCCAAGGACUGAAGUACGGCCUAUUCUAGACAACAGUAGAAUGGCAUCCCCGAAAUCUGGCUACCCACACCAACAAGGAUACCAACAACAUCAUCCCGAUAUCUCAGCUCCUGCUGGUAUUGAAAGCGGGGUUCCUCCUCCAGCAUCUGCUAUGGUUGCCCAGCAAGAAGCUGCAGCUGAACGCAACGGCGAAAGACCUCCUUCAGUUGGACCAAAGAGAAUGCGAGAGUGGGAAGACGAGCAGCCGUCAAUGAAGAAGCCAGCAUCAGACGAGGCUCGAGCUCGAAUGGAUGAUAUGAACCAUCGUAGACCAUCUACACCACCUCGUGAGCAGCAACCAUUUCGUCGCAAUUCAGAGGAAAUUCGUCGAGAAGAUAUGCGACGCGAGGAGAUUCGGCGUGUUGACGAACAAAGACGUUUAGGUAUACUUGACGAACAACGUCGUGCCGAUGAGCAAAGACGGGUCGAGGACCAGCGUCGUGAUGAGCAACGUCGGGCAAAUGAAAACUAUCAUCCAUCCGAAGCAGCUCACCACCCACCUACGCACGCACUUCCGCCGCCCAACGCACUCCCACAAGUCAAUCAUUUACCAAUGCAAGGCCCUCCGGGACCACAUGCACCUCAUACCCCUGUACAUGAACAACUACCCCCGCCUCCAGCGCAGCAGCCUGUACCAAAAGAUUAUGCCGUUGAUGAACGUGAGCGUGAAAGGGAACGGGAACGUAUGGAACAUCCUGCGCCCCCACCUCCCCCACCACAAGUUGGCGAACCUGAAAGAGCUGCGCGAAAGAUGGAUGUUGACGAAGAUUAUGAUGAUGACGGAGAAGAGGAUAAGAAGGGAGGAAUUGUAUCAACUGCUGGAUCUGGUCCUGGUUCUGCUUCAGGUGAGACAAGGGUUGCUACAACAUCUCCUACUGGCGUUAAUGGUCAUGCAAAUGGGGUGGUCAAUGGAUCGACCAAGGUGGAAGCACCAGCGUGAUCUACUAAAAAACCUUGGUUCGGUUUUUCCUUGGGAAAUGGGGAGUUACAGUUUUACGGUUGUACAUGGGGUCCGAUUCCACAAACUGUACAGAAGCAAAUCCUAUUAAAUGUUCAUAUUAUGUGGUUUAUUGUAAUGAUUUUCUUGGUUUGAAUACGUCCUAUGCCUUCAUGUACUUUCGCGAUCCAUUCCCACCUGCCCAUAAUAUGAAGGAUAUUAAUUUCACCUUUGAUAAAGCAGAUUUUUGCCCAUUCAAUUUUCUUUGUGUGCUUUGGAUGGUGAAGGCAAUCCUUGGAUUUCCGCCAAGAAGAUUAAAGUAAAUGAACAAAUUUAUUUUUG